CACAGUGUCAACAUGACUCUGCUAUGGGUUAUACCCUUUCUUCUUCAUCAGGGAUACACUUCAGUUCCUGUCGUCACAGUCCAGCUUGGGGAACCUGUGACUCUGACAUGUGCCUUGACUGAGAAAUUUCAGGCUGUGACAUGGGUUCACUGGUACAAGCAGAGUGCGGGAAACACUCUGAAAUUAAUUGCAAUGCUGCAUAAACGUAUGCCGUCCACCUACGGACCGGGAUUUUCAUUCUCAAGAUUCAAUAUAACAUAUGAUGGCAACAAAAGCAGCUUGAUCAUUUCGUCAACAAACAAACAAGAUGAGGGAAUGUAUCACUGUGGUCAUAUGUACAUGACUAAAUCUACGUUUACUGGGACGUAUUUGGCACUGAAAGAAAACUCCCAAAGGACAUUGAACUACACUGUUGUUCAGGAGUCAACAUUAUCUGAUCCCGCCAGUCCAAAAGAGUCAGAGACUCUGCAGUGUUCAGUCCUCUUUGACUCUGAGAACCCAACCUGUUCAGGAGAACCCAGUGUGUUCUGGUUCAGAGCCAUAUCAGACACAUCCUAUCCAGAAAUGAUCUACACCGAGGGAAGAACACCGGACAAUUGUGAAAAGACAUCAGACCAGCCACAUAAAUGUAGUUACAACUUUUCUAGAGAUGUCAGGAACUCUGAAGCUGGCACUUAUUACUGUGCUGUGGCCACUUGUGGACAUAUCUUAUUUGGAAAUAGAACAAACCUGGUAAAGAGCAAUCAAGAUACAAAUCCAAACACUGAAAGGAUUGUGUUGGUGAUCACAUUAAUCUUAUUGGCCAUUUCCAUUAUCUUGAAUAUCAUUUUUGUUUCCUGCCAAACAAAAAGAUCUGCCUCUACUCUAUUUAGUGGACGCACCAAGGAGAUCGAGAGAAAGUUUAGCAGGUUUAUUCCGGGUAUCGAGCACUACAGUGGAGGUGACGGCUGGAUCUACAGUGCAGGUGUACGCCAAGGGCUGUGGAAGGGCAGAAAACACGACUGGCCAAGAGGCUUGCCUCGAGAGUGUCUAGGAUCCUCCCGGGGGAGGAUGAGAGUGGACUCAGUGAACAGCUUCCAGAUGUGGAGCGUCAGGAUUUCGGUGGAGACGGUGGCCAUAAGGCAGGCAGGCAGGUUGAUGGAGGGUGAGCGGGACCUGAUCAGCGUGGCAGGUGAGAGCGAGUGGCCUGCUGUCAGCUGGGGAACCAGGAGGGAGUUCCUACGGUGA